CUUCCCUUUAUUUCUAAAACUAACCAAGAGGUGUCCUCCCUUAUCAAGCAUAUAUUUUACUCAAAAACAGCAUAAGAUAUUAUUUUGAGAUUCCUGAUCUGGAAGAAGCAUCUCUUUACCAAAGCCAAGUUUCUUUGAAUCUGGUUUGCUUUGGGACAAUGAAAAAUUCUAUGGCAUAUUCCAAUAUCUCAAUGACAUAUGUGCCCUUCACUGUAACUCCGCUGGACGACUCAACUGACAUAUAUGAAGAAUAUGAUGAUGAUGAUAAUAAUAAAAAAAUGGCAGAUAUGUUCCAUUACAUUUCAAUAGUGAUCUAUUCUGUGGCCUUUCUUCUGGGGACAACUGGAAAUGGUCUGGUCAUCUAUUUCACCACCUUUAAGAUGAAACGGACAGUCAAUGUUGUGUGGUUCCUUAAUUUAGCCAUAGCUGACUUUAUCUUCACAUUCUUCCUGCCUUUCAGCAUUGCCUAUACCGCCCUUGGUUUUCACUGGCCUUUAGGGAAAUUCAUGUGCAAGCUUAACACAGCUAUUAUAUCCAUCAAUCUAUAUGCCAGCAUCUUCCUGCUCGUCGUGAUCAGCAUUGAUCGUUGCACAUCAGUAAUGUUCCCUGUUUGGUGCCAGAAUCACCGAACUCCUAAGGUGGCCUCCUUUGCAGCCCUGGCAGUUUGGAUCCUAGCAUUCCUUUUCAGUUUACCAUCUUUUAUAUUCAGAGAUACAGCCAUUUAUGAGGAUGUCGUUAUUUGCUUUAGCAACUUUCACAAAGAUCCUGAUGUUAUCAAGUCAAUAUACAAGGGCAUGAUCAUAUUACGACUCAUCUUUGCUUUCAUCAUUCCGUUCUCUCUAAUUAUCUUGUGUUAUGUAAUAAUUAUGUUCCGCAUCCAAAGAAAUCGCAUGAAGACAUCUAACAAGCCAUUUAAAAUUAUUUUAGCUGUUAUAAUUUCAUUUUUCAUCUGCUGGUUUCCUUACCAUGUCUUCUCCUUUGUGGAGUUGUCUGCAAUGUAUCCUGGCAAUGAGCAUCUGAAGGAUGUAAUACGCAUUGGAAUACCUCUUACCACCAGUUUGGCCUUCAUUAACAGCUGCAUCAACCCUGUUCUCUAUGUACUUAUGGGGCGAGAUUUCAAAACAAGGUUACGCAAAUCUUUCCGGGCAGUGCUUGAAAAAGCUUUCAUGGAGGAAAGUGUUCCAGCAAGCUUCAGGAGUAAAACCAGGUCAACCAGGUCAACCUUGGACUCUGAGCAGGUGUAAACUGAAGCCACAUCCACAAAUGAAGAUAUAUUGUCAUAGGCUAAGGGGACAUGAGCUCUUUGGCUUUUUUUCAGGAUAAUUUGAUUUGUUUUACUUAUGUUUCCAGGAUUGAAUAAUCUAUCCUAGUAAUUACUGUAAUUCCAAAUAAGUAUACCUGUCUAUGUUUUUUAAAGAAGGCAGCAGUAAUUUGCCACAAUACUAGAAUACCAGUUCUGGUUAAAUUCA